GCGGCUGAAGGCCCAGGAACAUCGGGUGGAGAUGGAGGAGAAGGUGAGCAAGCGGAGCCUGGAGGCUGCAGGCAAGGCCGGCCUGGCUGCCGCGGGCCCUGGGCUGCUGCCUCGGAAGCCCCCCGGCCUGGCCACCGGCCCUACGGGCGCCUACGGCAAGGCCAUGAGCCCGCCGCCAUCUCCCCGCGCUUCCCCUGUGGCUGCCCUGAAGGCCAAAGUCAUCCAGAAACUGGAGGAUGUAUCCAAGGCGCCCACGUACGCCUACCCCGCCACGCCCAGCUCCCACCCCAGCAGCCCGCCGCCCGCCUCCCCGCCGCCCACUGCUGGCAUCACCCGCAAGGAGGAAGCACCCGAGAACGUCGUGGAGAAGAAGGACUUGGAGCUGGAGAAGGAAGCCCCCAGCCCCUUCCAGGCCUUGUUCUCGGAUAUCCCACCCAGGUACCCGUUUCAAGCCCUGCCGCCGCACUACGGGAGGCCCUACCCGUUCCUGCUGCAACCCACAGCGGCCGCCGACGCCGAUGGCCUGGCCCCCGACGUGCCACUGCCGGCCGACGGGCCCGAGCGCCUGGCGCUCUCGCCUGAAGACAAGCCCAUCCGCUUGUCCCCCUCCAAGAUCCCGGAGCCUCUGCGAGAGGGCCCAGACCAAGAGCCACUGGCAGAACGGGAGGUGAAGGCUGAGGUGGAGGACAUGGACGAAGGGCCCACCGAGCUGCCUUCCUUGGAGUCGCCUCUGACACUGCCCCCCACGGAGGCCCUGGCAGCCCCAAGCCCCGCGGCUGGCUGUGGAGGCGGUCUGCUGGAGGCCCAGGCGCUGAGCGCCGGCGGGCAGGGGGCCGUGGAGCCCCCCGGGGGCCCGGACUUCGCGGAGGGGGCCGAAGCGCGGGUCGAUUCACCGGGCCGGACAGAACCGUGCACGGCCGCCCCGGACCUGGGGGCGCGGCUGACGCCAGAGACCCUGGUCGAGGCCAAGGAGGAGCCCGUGGAGGUGCCCGUCGAUAUGCCCAUGGCCGUGCCCGUGGUGGAGGCGGUGCCCGAGGAGGGCCUAGCCCAGGCGGCCCCGAGCGAGCCCCGGGCCGGCCUGGAGUUGGCGGACUGUGACGUGGCUGCUGGGGAGGGAGAAUGCCUGAGUCUGGAGGCCCGGGAGGCCGCAACUGUGCCCAGCGGCCCCUGCUUCCUGGAGGAGGAAGGCUCCGACCAGUUUCCGCCUGGCCUGGAGGACCCGUUGGCUGGCAUGAACGCCCUGGCGGCGGCUGCGGAGCUGCCCCAGGCCAGGCCCCUGCCGUCCCCGGGCACCGGAGCCCAGGCCCUGGAGAAGCUGGAGGCGGCGCAGAGCCUGGUCCUGGAGCAGAGCUUCUUGCACGGCAUCACCCUGCUGAGCGAAAUUGCCGAGCUGGAGCUGGAAAAGAGGAGCCAGGAGGUGGGAGGUGCGGAGCGGGGCCUGGCGGUGCGGCCCUCGCUGGAGAGCCUGCUGGCAGCCAGCAGCCACAUGCUGAAGGAGGUGUUGGACAGCCCCUUCGUGGACCCGCUCAAGAACCUGCGGCUUCCGCGGGAGCUGAACCCCAACAAGAAGUAUAGCUGGAUGCAGAAGAAGGAGGAGCGGUUGUAUGCCAUGAAGUCCUCCUUGGAAAGCAUGGAUGCCAUGGAGCUGGACUUCCGGAUGCGGCUGGCCGAGGUCCAGCGGCGGUACAAGGAGAAGCAGCGAGAGCUGGUGAAGCUGCAGAGACGCCGCGACUCCGAGGACAGGCGCGAGGAACCCCAUAGAAGCUUGGCACGCAGAGGCCCUGGCAGGCCGAGGAAACGGACCCACGCCCUGAGCGCCCUGUCGCCCCCCCGCAAGAGAGGGAAGAGCCGCAACAGUAGCGGAAAGCUGAGCAGCAAGCCCCUGCUGACGUCGGAGGAGUACGAGCUUGGAGCAGGGAUGAGGAAGAGACACAAGGGACCUGAGGAGGAACACGAUGCCCUCGUUGGAACGGGGAAAGCGAGGGGCAGGAACCAGCCUUGGGACGAGCACGAAGCCUCAUCGGACUUCAUGAGUCAGCUGAAGAUUAAGAAGAAGAAGAUGGCCAGUGACCAGGAGCAGCUGGCCAGCAAGCUGGACAAGGCCCUGUCCCUCACGAAGCAGGACAAGCUCAAGUCGCCCUUCAAGUUCUCGGACAGUUCUGGGGGGAAGUCAAAAGCGAGCGGGGGCUGCGGCAGGUACCUGACGCCCUACGACAGCCUGCUGGGCAAGGACAGGAAGGCGCUGGCCAAAGGCCUCAGCCUGUCCCUCAAAGCCUCCAGAGAAGGUAAACACAAAAGGGCCGCCAAAGCCAGGAAGAUGGAGGUGGGCUUCAAGGCCAGAGGCCAGCCCAAGUCGGCCCACUCCCCGUUCGCCUCGGAAGUAAGCAGCUACUCCUACAAUACGGACUCAGAGGAAGACGAAGAAUUCCUGAAGGACGAGUGGUCUGCCCAAGGCCCGUCCGGCUCCAAACUGACGUCUUCCAUCCUGUGUGGCAUGGUGGCAAAGAAUGGCAAGCCGGCUGGAGGCCCCAAGCUGAGCAAGAGGGGCCUGGCGGCCGCCCGGACUCUGAAACCCAAGCCGGCCGCGGGCAGGAAGCAGCCCUUUUGUUUGCUGCUUCAAGAGGUCGAGGCCCGUUCCUCCUUCAGCGAUUCUUCGGAGGACUCGUUUGACCAAGAUGAGAGCUCCGAGGAGGAGGACGAGGAGGAUGAGCUGGAGGAGGAGGAGGACGAGGCUGCCGGCGGCUAUAGGCUGGGGGCCCGGGAGCGGGCCCUGUCGCCAGGCCUGGAGGAGAGUGGGCUGGGCCUGCUGGCCCGCUUUGCAGCCAGCGCCCUCCCCAGCCCCACAGUGGGGCCGUCCCUAUCAGUGGUGCAGCUGGAGGCCAAGCAGAAGGCCCGGAAGAAGGAAGAGCGGCAGAACCUGAUGGGUAAGUACCGGCAGGUGGAAUGCAGGGGCACCGCUGCCCCAUCCUGCAGACCGGAAACGGGCUUGGAGAAGGGUAGGAGCAGAGCUGGGGGCCACUGGAACCAUGCCUCGUGGGCCAACCCCAUCCUGAGCAGAGUGGUACUGGUGAUGGGGGCCUGGCCUGCCCCAGGAGGGGGUUCCAGAAGCUGUGUAGGCUGACCUUCACUGUUCAUG